AUGAAACUCCACUCUUCCUCUUCAGCAGUAUCAUCAUGGUCCGCCCUUCUUUUGUUUCCCUUGGGUUUUGUUGUUGCGAGUGCCCAACCUGCUCAAGGCAAUCGUCCCUUUGGUGGUGGCAAUUUUGGCAGUCUACCUGGAUUUCCAGGAUUAUUGCAACCAGAUUUUAUCAGCAAAAAGACCUGUGAUGCGAGAUGGGAAUGUCCCUUGUCCUUGCAUGGGAAUGAGGAGGAUGGCGAUGCCAAUGAUAAUGAUAACACGGAUUUAAUGGGAAUCUUUGUAUGUCGCCAGACGUACCAUCCCAUCUUUGGUACUCUUCAAACCAGAGCCAAAUGCAUUUCCAUGGACCAAGCCUACGAAACAGACGAGUGUGGUUGCUGUGGUGAUGACGACUGCCCAGCACCCAUUCCAAGAUUUCAGAACAUUUCUUGUGAUGCUACGAGUGCUACUACUACCACCCCUCCCGACGAUGGAUUGAUUGGUGACGAGGAGGGAAGUGUUUUUACUACCACUGCCAAGAAUGACGAUGAUGAUCCACAAGAUCGUCGAGGCCUCCGUGGCCUUACUGCUGCGGAAAGAAAUGAUCUUCCCGCCAAUGCGGUUAUGGUCUGUCGCCGACAUUACAAUCCUUACACGGGAAUUCCAGAAUGUAUGAGCAUGUACAUCGACCCUUCGAAGUCUAUCGAAGGAGCAGACUUUUGUGGCUGCUGUGAUGGGAUUUGCCCAGACGAUUUGGACACGGCAACUCCUUUCUUUCCUCGACCAGACCAUGUGGAGCUGACUUGGUGCGAGGCGAAAGAAGAUUCUGGCAGAUGUACUUUGCCACCCUCAACAAGUAAUAGCAAUGGUGGCGACGAUGCUGAGACCACAGAAGGUGUCUUUGUCUGUCGUACUAUGGCCAACAUGUUGACAGGAGUCGCCGAAAGUCAAGCACUUUGCAUUCCCCCUGAUCGGGCUUGGGAGACUGACCAGUGUGGAUGCUGUGGGGAAGAGUGUCCAGAGCAGCCAAUUCCAGUCGAUUUGGAAUGUAAGAUUAAUGGCAACGGGGUUCCUCUGGAAACAAUCACUCAAGAAUGUCCGUUCGAAAAUGGGGAUACUGGUAUCUUUGCUUGUCGAUCACUCUUUCACCCAUUAGAUGGGAGUGCCAUUCAACGAACGUUGUGCUUGAAGGGCAAUGAAGACGAUGGGGGCGAAACUGGCUGGGCGACUGAUCAAUGUGGCUGCUGUGGAUCCUCCUGUCCUGAUCCACCCCAAAGAGGUUUCCCUACAGUGGACAAGCAGAUGAUGGAAUCGUCCUUGGAAGAAGACGGUUUGAACUCUGAUUUUCGGUGUGGCCUUAGGUAUUGGGUUGGUAUUAUUGACGUUGGUUGCCAUUGCAAUGGUAUUGUUUCCGAGUUUCAAUCGUUCUCGCGACAACAACACCACACCCUACAAGUAUUAAUCACGACGGGAAUUUAA